UCGGAUUUCAACGUUGCAGCAAUCAGACUCGAGGCAGAAAAUGGCGAAACUCCGAGCGCAAGCCUUCCUUCUUGUCCUCGUCGUUUCAAUCGUCCUCGUAGCUUCGAUGCCUUCCCCUGGCGGUCAUCACGAACACACGCAUUUCGUCAUUCACGUGCCAGAAUUGAUUCACAAACACCAUCAUACGCAUGUGAAGAAGAUUCACAUAAAACACGAAGAAGAUGAUGGUGGUCACGAUCACGUGGAAGAGUGGUGAAACUCGUACAGUUUCUCUAG